AUGUCGGCCGGGGGCGAACACCUCAAGGAUGAGGGGUCGCGACGACAAGUCGUCCUCGCGGGCGGAAUCGCAGGCCUCUUCUCACGGUACGUUAUGGUUUUUCCCCCAAGCAUCGCAACCGCCUCGCGUUUGCCCCCAAAUCGCUUCAUCGAAGCCAAAGCUGACCGGAAAUCCCAAAACCACGCCAGAUUCUGCAUCGCCCCCCUCGACGUCGUGAAAAUCCGCCUCCAACUCCAAAUCCACUCCCUCUCCGACCCAAUCUCCCACCAACAUGUCACCGGACCAGUGUACAAGGGCACUCUAUCGACGAUGAAGUCGAUCCUCCGCGAGGAAGGAAUCACAGGUCUCUGGAAAGGCAACGUCCCCGCGGAACUCCUCUACCUGGCCUACGGCAUCAUUCAAUUCAGCACCUACCGCACGACGACCCAAAUCCUCGCCACCGAACUACCCACUCGCCUGCCCCCCUCAGCCGAAUCCUUCAUCUCCGGGGCUCUGGCCGGCGGCCUGGCCACCUUGUCCACCUAUCCGCUGGAUCUGCUGCGCACGCGGUUCGCCGCCCAGGGCACGGAGCGCGUCUACACGUCGCUGCUAGCCUCGGUGCGGGAUAUUGCGCGCCAGGAGGGCCCGCGGGGGUUUUUCCGGGGCGGCAGCGCCGCGGUGGGCCAGGUGGUGCCGUACAUGGGGUUGUUCUUCGCGACGUAUGAGGCGCUGCGGCCCGUCGUGGCCACGCUGCCGCAGCAGGUGCCCUACCUGCCGGCGGGCAGUGGGGAUGCGGCGGCCGGCGUGAUGGCGAGUGUCUUGGCCAAGACGGCGAUGUUCCCGCUGGAUCUGGUGCGGAAGCGAUUGCAGGUGCAGGGCCCGACCCGGCUGUUGUACGUGCAUCGGAAUAUUCCGGAGUAUCGGGGGGUCUUCAGUACGAUGGCGAUGAUUGUGAGGACGCAGGGCGUUCGGGGCCUGUAUCGUGGACUGACGGUCAGUUUGUUCAAGGCGGCGCCGGCCAGUGCGGUGACCAUGUGGACGUAUGAGACUACGCUGCGCGUGCUUCAAGAUAUGGAGAUCGCUGCCGAUUGA